AUGCCAGCAGUCCCCUCCGCCAUCGAGCUGCUAGGAAACUCCCUUGUACAUCGCAGCACCAACAUAACCUCGCCCAAUGCCACGGUUCAAGUUCUAGAGGUUGUCUGCGCUUGGCCAGUUUCUGGGCAAUAUGGACCGGGAACUCGAGUUCUCUACUAUGCCUCGAUGGCAGCCUGUAUUUUUGCGCGCAAAUUGGAAUGGAUUCGCAGCGCUUGUUUGGCUGCAGCGCUGCUGUUCCCAGCCGUUGCAGCUCUCCAUGGAAUCGUUCUAGCGACUCUUCAUCGAAAUGGCGCUGUCGAUAUGGAUGUCUAUGGCGCUUUCCAAUUAUGCGCCAUUGGGAUCCUUACAGCACCAGUGACGGUGCGACUCUCUAAGACUUAUUUCAACAACCCUGGUCGCGACAUCAUAUUCCUCUGGACUGGCCUCCUUCUGGCUGGGCUCCUAAGUUUGACUGUGGAGUUUAUUCGUUUAGAUGCCACAACUUGCCCGCCCGAUGACCCAGCCUCAAUUGCGUGGACCCUAACGGGUAAAUUCUUUUAUAACAGCACAUGCGGCAUGACUUGUGGCGCUGAUGGCCCCUUUUCACCAUUGAGACAGGACUCAGCGGACAACAUCUACGUGAUUCCGGUGCCCCACGAGCUCACCUUCAAUACAGCGACUCUCCUCGCAGCAGCAUGCUGCAUUCCUGCUAUCCUGUCCCUUGUAUCAACCUGGAUUAAAAUCCUCGAGAAGAAUUGGGAGAAAAUAUCUCCUAAAGAUCGACCAUAUGAGAAAUCUGAUGAACAGCCUAUUGAAGGCACCAAUGGAGCAACGCCCAAGCAAAUGACUGGAAUUGCCAACAGAAUACGAGGCUGGCUGACACUGAUUGAGAUCCCGGUGUUUAUUGCAGCCGUACUGGCAAUAUUGAUCAAGGGCGAGAUGAAUUUCUUCAGUCCUCCUGUCAAGUAUCAAACAGAGCCCAUACAAAGUAUUGGCCAAUGGGCACCGAUUGUUGGUACAGGACUUGCUGUGAUCGGCUCGCUGUACCUUUUACUCGCAGCUGACAUGGAGGCCGAGGAGAACGAAAGCCAGGAACUAGAGACUCAAGCCCCUCAGUCAGAUGGACGAGUUCCUACACAAUGCCAAGCAUGUGCAAGAUGUCAUCAUCAUACAAUCUCAAAUGAGAUCACCGACAGGGACUCGGAUUCUCCACGAAGCUCUCAAAGUGAGAGGGACCAACUUAGCACGGAAAUUGGGAGAAUAGCAACUGAGCCUUCAGUCUCCUCCACAAAGAUACGCCGCGCUACUACAAAUCAAUCCAUGAAGUCCAUAGACACAGGUGGCAGACGACAAGUAGCUCGGCUUCUCAACCUGGCGAGCAAACAACUCGCUGCUAAAGCACACAAUCACAUGGAAGAUUCCGGAUUCAAUGCUCAAGAAAAAAUGAAAUUUCCCGAAAUCCCGGGCGAAUUCCUUCGGAAUGAGAAGUUACCCGAUAUUCAAAAGGCUUACAGCAACACGCCGCUGCCGCGAUCAAGAGCUACCAGCUUUGUUGGUAGCGUUAGGUCUAACUCGUCUAAUGGCGAGGGGAGCUCAAGGAUACUACAGGGUCCGUUCCGACAAUUAUCGUUGCAAGUUCCACCUCCAGCACGCAUGACUGGUCAUCGGCCACACUCGAAUACUCUUCCAUCAAGAAGAAACUCCUUCGAAUACACUAUCCAGCAGAAAGGCACAAUUACGCCCAGCUGGACUGAAGAACCAGGUAGCUUGGACGGGAUGCCAUAUUUUGAACGACAUCCUGCAAGCCCUUCGCCGAACACUGCGCCUACCGAUUUUCAGGUUAGCCUGAGUACACCUCCAUGUCCUCAAGAUACAGCACCCCAAAUUGUGGUUUCUUCAAGUAAAGAAGAGCAAGAAGAGCAAAAGGGGCAAAAGGGGCAAAAAGAUUUGGACUGA